AUGAACCCUAAGGGGUUCACUCCACGGUCGAGACAGAACUCUGGUGUUUUCACCAGGGAAGACCACAUGGCCAUGGCCAGAAGUAUGCACCACGGCAGAAGACCACCACAGCGGUCACGAACCACCCACGAGAACAUCCCUUCGGGACCACAAGUGCUCACAUUCACAAUGGCACCUCCGCAGGCGCGCUACCAGACACCAGCCGCACCUGCACCUGCACCUACCUCUGACUCGGUCGCACCACUGCCGAGCGGUCGGCCUGCCCAACCUCGACGGCCAAAGCUAGGACCACCACGCCGUUCCUACUCGGUUAUGGACUACGAGCCAGUGCCGCCAGAACAACGGCCAGCCUCGGGCCCCCUCACACUCACGACGCUGCCUCCAGAACUGCACUUUGCCAUCUUUGACCACCUGGACCCGAUCGACGCAACGUGCCUGGGCCUGACGAGCAGCCACUUCUACUCUAUCCACCGGAGGAUGCACGGACCCGUCCCACUGAGCGUCAGGCGCGACGGGCCCAACGAGCUGGAGUGGGCCUGGCACCGGGCUGCGUACCCGACGCCGUCCAUGUCUCUGUGCCCGAACGCGGCCACCACGGGCUCGUUGGGUCUGGAGAACGCCAAGGCGGGCCACCUGGCAGCGCUGCGGGUCCGCGGCAAGGGCUUGUGCAGGAAGUGCGGCACCAGCAGAUGCGAGCUGCACAAGCACAUUGUGGAGUGGAUGCCGGCGGACUACGAAUACUGCGCGGUGCGGGACAAGUUUGUGCCCCGGCCGGGCGAGGAGGCGAAGGCGCAGUGCUAUAUGAGCAACCCGACCAACACGACCCGUUGUGGACGACACCGCAUCAGGAGGGACAAGACGCCAACGUCGUGA